AUGCUUAUCCCUUUGCUCCUAGGAGCCACUAUUGUGGCGGCAGUACCAGCAGUGGUUGAGCGAGAAGCCUCAGCUGUCAUUGCUGUUAGUGGACAUGUCCCUCAAUCGGCAGGAGCUGCCAUCUUGAACCCGUUUGUAGCCUUCUCGAUUGAGUUUUCCUCUUUCCCCGACUUCGCGGGCAACUCUUCCCAACCGAAUAAGUUCUCACAGAACUUACUCGAUAACCUUGGUAAGCUCCAAGGUGGGAAGCCACAUAUUCGCGUUGGCGGAAACACCCAGGACCUUGCAUUGUACGACCCAGACCUGAAAACAGGAAUCCAAGGAACAUAUGUUCCAGCUGUAUCUGAAGACUACCCAUCCAUUGUCUCAUAUGGGCCCUCAUACUUCGAGUCAUACUCGACUUGGCCGGGCGUCAAGUUCAGCCAUGGCUUCAACAUGGGCAAGAAUGGCACUGUGGGCAUGGAUAAUCUCAUUGCCACCGUGCCACUGGCAUGUAAAGCCCUCAAGGACGGGAAACUGGCUUACUGGGAGAUCGGUAACGAGCCAGAUCUUUUCAAGACAACCACGCCGAAUAGUGUACGGCCUACGAGUUGGUCGGAGAGCGACUAUGUGACCGAAUGGCUGGCCAAGGCACAAGUUGUCAAGCGUCAGCUCAAGAAGAGUUGCCCUGAGAUGGCAGACGAGGCCAAGUACAAGUACCUUGCGCCGUCGUUUGCAGGUCUCACGAACAGUUUGGAUCCGCUCAAGACAUGGAAAAGUGGAUUGGAUACAGUCCACAAUAUUGGAUUGAACUCCAUGCACAACUACAUCGGCGGCGCCGAUCAACCAGGCGUUACCCUCCGCCACACCCUCAUGAACCACACCGCAACCACCCAUAGCGUCGAUCAACAUGCCAAACUUUCCCAAGAGCUCAGCUCCCAGGGUCUGACCAAGAACAUCCCCUACAUUCUUGGCGAGACCAAUUCACUCUACCAUCAAGGAAAACCAGGAUUAUCCAACUCGUUCGGCGCAGCACUCUGGGGAGUGGAUUUCAACCUCUAUUGCGCAUCACAAAGCAUCCAACGAACACACAUGCACCAGGGUACAGACUACCGCUACGCAUCGUGGCAGCCUGUCCCGACCAACAAGACCACAAUUGGAACCAAGGCACCAUACUACGGCAAUGCAAUGGUCGCAGCAAUGCUGAAAAGCAACCAAGAUAGCGACCAUGUCCAGGUUGUGAGUCUCCCCCUGACAGAAGAGACAGAGGCAGCUUACGCGGCGUACGUGAACGGCAUUCUGGCCAGGAUUGCAGUGGUCAAUCUGCAAGAAUACAACUACACAAGUACGGACUCAGACUCGGAUUCGCUGUCGCAUUCGUCUUCAGAAUCGACGCAGCGCCCUGUGGCAAAGUACUCUUUCCAGAUCCCGGCGACAUCGGCAAAAUUGCUCUCCGUCCAAAGGCUUAUGGCAAAUGGCAGCGAUUCCAUUACCGGGAUCACAUGGGACGGUUGGUCCUAUAACUAUGAGCUCCAGGGCGGGGAGCCGGUGCGACAAGCCAAUGUUACGAUUGGCGAAAGGCUAUCCGUGAGCAAGAAAGGGGCCAUCGAGAUCGAGGUUCCUUAUUCCAGUGCUGUCAUGGUCAAUCUUUAG